AUGGUGACAUCGCAGACAGCCACUCUUCUACUAUUCUUGGCAGGAUGUUUAGCCGAAAAUCCGCUGGUAGUGGAUACAUCGGCAGGUAAAGUGCGCGGAUACAAAAUGACUUCCAGAGCUGGCCGUUCAUUUUUAGCCUUUUCUGGAGUACCUUACGCUAAACCUCCAGUAGGAAACCUUAGAUUUCAGGCCCCAAAAGAAGUAGAGAAGUGGAUCGGCAUAAGAAAUGCCACCGAACCUGGUCCUUACUGUUUGCAAUAUGGCACUUUCGAGGAAAAACCAGAACCGUUCGGAAGUGAAGAUUGCCUCUAUCUCUCAGUGUACACGCACAACACGAGAGGUAAAGCGGCUGUCAUGGUCCAUUUCCACGCUGGAGGUUUUCACAUGGGCAACGGAGAAAGAUGGUACCUACCCAACUAUCUGAUGGAUCAGGAUGUAGUUAUUGUCGACGUCAAUUACAGACUUGCUUACCUAGGUUUCCUAUCCUUUGAAGAUAAGGAAAUGCCGGGUAAUCAAGGAUUGAAAGACCAAGUGAUGGCACUCCGCUGGGUAAAGCAGAAUAUCGCCAGGUUCGGUGGAGACCCCAACCAGGUGACGUUGGUAGGGGAGAGUGCAGGAGGUGCAAGUGUCUACCAUCACACCGUGUCCCCCCUGAGCAGGGGACUUUUCCACAAGGGCAUUGCGGAAAGUGGAACCAGUUACAACCCCUGGGCCCUGUCUCCUCCUGGAUUCGCCAAGUCCAUGGCUCAACAGCUAGCCAAGAAUCUUGGUUGUCCAAUCAGAAGCACUUCUGCGGCAGUUUCUUGUUUGAGGUCCAAAAAAGGAUCUGACAUUGUUGCUAGAAUCGUCGACUUAAUUCGUUGGCAGGUCGACAUGGAAAUGAAUUGGGCUGUCUUGGAACCGGAAGGAUAUGAUGCAUUUUUGACGGGCCCUGUCAGCAAGUGGCAGCACCAACCAGUACCGAUGAUCAUAGGCACAACUUCCGGCGAAGGCUUAUUGAGAACUCACUACAUUGCACAGAACAACACAGAUUUCGAUUGGUUGAAUAAAAACUUCGACAAACUUGCACCAGUCUCUUUAUGGUACAGUGCAUCCGCUUCGAACCCCGACAAAGUUACCAGAAAAGUCAGGAAGUACUACUUUCCUGAUGGACAGAUCAAGCCUGAAUAUUGGGUCAACUUGACACAGAUGUACACUGACAGUUGGAUAGCUAUAGGAGUGAUAGAUGGAGCUAACCUUCAUACUGGACCUGUUUAUUUUUACUAUUUCGAUUAUAUAGGAGAAUACACUUUUGAUGAAGGAGUCAACAGAACCUUGUAUUUUGCUGCCCCCCAUAUAGAAGAAUCCGAAUUUUUAUGGCAGCGUCCUUGGACAAACCGAACACUUAGAGGUGAUGACUUGAAGCUUUCCCAAAAAUUGGUUAAAUUGUGGACUGAUUUCGCCAAAUAUGGAAAUCCGACCCCAAGAGGAAGCAGUGUUUCAUGGAAUAAAUGGCGACCGAGCAAGCAUAACUAUUUGUACAUCGGUAAUUCAGGAUGGCAACAAAAGGAAGGCUUCGCUACUGAUCGAUACAAGUUCUGGAAUAGCCUCAACUACAGGGAUAAAUUUAAUUGA